GCAGGAUCCUGCACCCCUUUUCGCUUUCAGGGCUUUCCGGGAUGAGGGAGACCAAGGGCGGAUCAGUCUAAAGUCCACCAGAUCCAGCCUCGCAGUCAGACACAAUUUGCUUUGUUUUGGCUGAGGGGGAACCCUGCCUGCCAAGGGUUUAUGCGCUAAACCACAACCAUGAAGCAGUGUGAUGUGCAACCCAGUCAUUUUCAGACUGCCACCCCAUACCAGCUUCCUUGAUGGUGGCUAAGCGGAGGCUUAGCUUGGGGUAAACUAACUGGAGGCAGAACUGCACACCACUCAGCAAUUUUGUGAGGCUGGUAGCAUAAGGGGUAAAUUGUUCCUCAGACGGUUGUGACAGUUCAGACUUUUGGGGUGUUCCUACAACAAUCAGCACAAGACUUUUCUUCUCCCCCCUUUACAAAUAAAAGGAACUGUUCAAGAGGGGAGAGGAGAGAAUGGGAACGUUGACGUUUCCCAUAAUUGCCACGUUUCAUGGAGAGGAGGUUAAAGGAUAAGCAAGCACAGGGCUGAUCUGCUACAGUAUUUAUUUAUUUUGGAAGGAAGGGUGUAAUUAACCCCAAAUAACAGCCCUUGAAGCCAGUGGAGGGAAGUUUUCUGGCCCCAUCAAAGAGGGGCUAAGGAGGGAGUGACUCGGAGUAAUGUACAGUUGCAGAUACUGAAACUGUGUGCCUGAUAAUGAUAUAAUUAGGGGAUCACAGACUUCUGGCUGCUGUCGACUUCAAACACUUUAAGAGAAGCCUGCAGUCUCUCCUGAAGCCACCUUGACUAAAAGCAGACAUUUUUCUUUAAUGGCUACAUACAGUAACAAGAAAGAGGAGGUGAACAGAAAGGGCAUUGUUCACUGUUUGAAAAUACCAAAUACCCUCUCUGGCCUUUUGCAUGGUUCAGAAAGAAUCUUUAUGAAUUGACAGGAAUAACUGCCCCCUUCCCCCCAAUACAAUAUUACAAAAAUUCUGCUCUUUUCCAUUGGAAAGGUAAAAAAAAAAGGCCAAACAUGGAAACCUGGUUCUAAUUAAAAUGGAACUGUAAUAACUUGAUGACUGCUCCGUCAUGUUUUGUUUAUGAGACAGUCUUGGGUCAGGGAAAAGAUAAGGAUUUCAAGCAGGGUCAUAUAAGCUAUUGAAACAGAAACAGGGUUUUAUGGUUUGUUUCCUCCGUGUGUUACUUUCUGAGACAACUUGUGGGAGAUGAUGUUUGUAGAAUGUCCCUCUUAAGUGUUUUUAUAUUUAUCCAUGGAUUAUUGUCAGUGUAAGAUGUUCAGCUGUCUGAAUCUGCUUGCUAGACAACAUUUGCUUCAAUGACCUUUUUAAAAAGGAGUGGGAAAUUAGGAAAACAAAACUUCAAUAGAAAUAGAAAAGUCUAUGGUGAAUAUAGGAAAACUGGAUUUCAGCAUCAGGAUGAUCAGGAAUAAGACAUGGAUUUGAUAGUUUUAACCAUCAGCUUGGGUGUAUACAACAUUCCACUUUUAUUUUCUGUUUUUUCUUAUCAUGGUUAUCCAUUUGGGUGAAGAAUCUUAUGUUUGCUUGUUUUGCUUACUUCGUGAAAGUUUCCAGGCAAAGAAGAGGUGAAAUGUUUUCUGUCAAACUAUUUCUCUAAAUGCCUGGUGAAAUCAGAUGCUACUGUGAUGCUGCACACUGUGUUGCAACAGGCUACAUGUGCAAGUCUGAGCUCAGUGCUUGCUUCUCUAGACUGCUUGACCCACAAAACAGCCAUUCUCCACUGACUCAUGGCUGCUUGGACUCCUUUGCAAGCACGCUGGAUAUUUGUCAAGUUAACAUAGCCCAAAACCACUCUGGCAUUACCAUACCCACAUUGGAGUGUUGUCAUGAGGAUAUGUGCAAUUACAGAGGCCUGUAUGAUGUUCUGUCUACUUCCAGAGGGGACCCAUUGGGACAGGGGAGCAGAUACCAGCACGAUAAUAGCCGGAACCUCCUCACUAAAGUUCAGGAGCUUACCUCCUCAAAAGAAUUAUGGUUCAGGGCUGCUGUCAUUGCUGUCCCCAUUGCUGGUGGACUCAUCUUGGUGCUUCUCAUCAUGCUAGCCCUGCGUAUGCUCAGGAGUGAAAACAAGCAACUGCAAGACCAGCGGCAACAGAUGCUCUCUCGGUUGCACUACAGCUUUCAUGGACACCAUUCCAAAAAAGGACAAAUGGCCAAGCUAGACUUGGAAUGCAUGGUGCCCGUCACAGGUCUUGAGAACUGUUGUAUGACCUGUGAGAAGAUGCGACAGCCAGACCUCAGUAAUGACAGAAUACUUUCACUAGUCCACUGGGGCAUGUAUGGAGGACAUGGAAAGCUGGAGUUUGUGUGAUCACUUCUGUUUUGUUUUUUAAAAUAUCUAUAUCUCUAUAUAUUAAAAUUUUGUCCUUAAAAUUGCUAGGAUUUUUUUUUUUCAAAGGCCGUUGGGUUCUGCUGGACAGGAGCACUUUAUAUGGGGGUGGGAGGGAAGCCCACAGUCAUUAAUCAAAAAAACAAA